AUGACAGAACAAGGAAAGAAGAAAAACGAAGACAAACGAAAGCAACAACAGAAUACACAGGGUGAUGAAAGCGAUAAAAAAGGACAAACUCUUAACGAUGAUCUCAUUCCUACACAAACUACUACACCUAACGAAAAAGAGAAUAUACAACAAAUCGCUUCAACACAGAAGCCAACUCCUACUAAAGAAAAAAAUGAAAUAAAACCUGAAGAUGAUGUUCGAAAGUCGAAACAAGAAGGAAAGAAUGGUGAUGGUCCAGAACCAGAACAAAUCAGAGAACAACCAAGCAGUUGGAAAGACCAAACAAGUCAAACGAAGUCAGGACGUGUGAAAGGAGACCCUCUCAAAUGUCAAAUAAUGGACUUAUUAAUGUUCUGCUGUCUUCUCACCUCAACGACCACCUUAUGGAAAUUUCCGACAACAGUGUUGGAUUUGGGAGGCUUUUAUUUCAUUAUUGUAUACUUGUUGAUGUUGUUUAUAAUAGUAUUUCCUGUACUACAUCUAGAAAUAUAUGUGGGGCAGUAUUGUCAGGCUGGUAUCUACAAGGCCUGUCGAUCAUAUGGACUUGGAUACGAAGGUUUCGGCCUUGCCGUUGUGUUCACUGCCGCAGUAUGUGGAUUAGCAGGCGAGCAACAAACUUAUACAAGUGUUAAACACAUUAUAAAUCUUGUCACAUCGCCUGAAUCUACAGUAUCGUGUCGGUAUAUGAAGAUAAGCGAUCCUUUCCUCGCUUAUCGUUGUACGUCACUAUUCGAUAAUAAAUGGUGCUUAAAUUCGGGAGAUGGUUUCAUGUUUUAUGGAAGAAGGUGUAUCAAUGACAGCACCAUUGUCACAUCACAAGUCAGAGCAACCGACCGUUAUUACGUGCAUCUUACAAGUGAGCCAAAUGCGGACUUCGAUCUUUAUAGGCUCUUAUACACAUUUUUUGUGUAUUGUUCUCUUGCACUUUUGGGUGUCUGCGGUAUGAAAGUAAUUCGUUUGUUUCUGGCCGUAACUUACUUGUGCUUCAUACUCCUACUCAUUGUCUCGUUCUUACAGUUUCUAGACAUUGGAAAAUUUUCAAAUGCGCUUUCCGUUCUCUCAAGAGCGAGUAAUCCCGAGUCUAUUUUCGAUGCUAACACCUACAUCAUUGCUUUCCACAGCAGUAUAGUAUCGUGUGGUAUCGGUCUGUCAGGAAUAUUAUGUGCGUCUUCGUUUCGGAACAGAAAUAACAGUAGUUUUAAACUCACUUACGGAAUUGUUCUGAACAAUGCAAUUAUUAGUAUUAUAAGUCUUUUCAUGUUCUUAUGUGUUAUGAGUGCUAUGGGAGGGAAAUACCGAGUCCUGGGUGAAGAUUUGUUUAGUUCAGGUUACGAAUUCGGCAUAACAACAGUAACGGAAGUAUUCAUGGUGAAGGAGAAGUCUGUCAUAUGGAUAGUGGCUUAUAACCUUUCCGUCUAUAUAGUUAGUGUUGUGUCAUUUUGUGGACCUGUCAUUAUAAUUUCUGCCCUGGUUCGUGAUACGGCGGAACGUCACCGGCAACUCUGGACUGCUUGGGCUGUCAUUGCUUUUUGUUUGACAGCAUUUCUCGCAUCAGUACCUCGAUCAAUUACUAACAUUGGUGAGCAAUGGGAGCACGUUAUCAUAGCUUUCUAUGAGUGCAUGCUGUUCUUCGUAUUAUCCGUUAUGGUUCUUGCAUUUGUACAUGUUUAUGGCGAACGGGAAUAUGUCGUCGAUCUUGCUCAGCUCUACCCGAUUAAGGAUGGAUAUCGUCCGUGGACCUCACCAGCUCAUCCAGUACACCUCCGGAUUUUUGAAGUCGUAACAUUCCUUUUCCUGAUUCUAAUGGUGUUAAGUUUUGUUUAUACCUUGGGGCCUAACCGCGUUCAGAAGAGUUUGCUGUUCGUAAUUUCUUCAUAUGGUUUAGUUCUCACAGUGCUUGCUUUUAUAUUGGGAUUGCUAGUAUACAAUGGUUAUGGAAGCAUAAGAAGAGGCGAGGGUUUAAGCACUUUAUUCUUCGUCACGCCCGAACACCCUUCCUAUUGGAGAAUUACUGCGCUUGCUGGUGUAGAAGAAGCUGCAUUCACAGAAGAAGUACAGUGA